UUAUCACACCGGGGGGGACCUGUUCUUCUCACUGCAGCAUCUGAAUGAAAAUUUAGGACCCUCAGCCUGCUUGAAGCCCCAUUUUUCUCCUCCCAUCUAUUUGAACUCUUCAGAAUCUGGAGUAUUCUGAUCCCAAGGCGGGGCAUAUUUAAUUUCCCGAAGGAAGAAAAAAAGAUGUUUAAAAUUCAGUUCCUGCUCUUCAUUUUAGGGAGCAUUCCUCUCUGGGCACUCGCCGAUGAAGCAAGCACAAUCUUCCCAGAUGAACUAACCACAGCAGACUCCAAUGACGGGAACUUCUACAAGCCUGAGGAUCAUCCGACUGUGUUGCCCUCAAAACCCUACAGUAUUCCAGAGAACUACAACCUUGAAGAGCUUCUGACCCCAGAAAGUACUGUCCCUGACAAAGAAACUCAGAAUUCAACAGAACCUAAUGUCCGCGUGGACCAGCCUGACGAGGAGGUGGGUGGAGAGCCAAAGACAUCAACAGAAAAAGAGGGCUUGGAGACGGUAACCCUGGUGGGAAUCAUCGUUGGAAUCAUACUAGCUAUUGGCAUCGUUGCUGGAAUCAUUAUCGCGGUCGUGAGGAAAAUGUCGGGCAGGUACUCGCCCUGAAUACCUGAAGAAUCAAGUCAUUUUAUGCCAAUUUUUUCAGAGCUUCCCUAUUUUAGAGUGUUCCUGUGUCAGGGUGAGAAGCGGCCUGCGGCAGUGCUACACCCAAAGUUCCAAAUCCAUGGUGAUCUCACAGCCUUCCAGAGAACUUUUGAAUUGAAAAUGAAAUAUUUCCUCAAACUUGACUAUUCAAAGUGUAUGCUAUUCUGAAAAUUAUUUUGAUAAGUUCAAGCAGAUAGAAUAAUUUGAAGGCAAAUCACAUAUAAGAAACAGGAGAGUAAAAACAGGUCAUCCCAUUUGUCUAUAAAAUAGUCCAGAUGAAGUUGAAAUGACAUCAGGAACAGUAAUAGUUUCUCAACUUUGAAGGUUAUUGUGAAAGUAGAAAUUAAUUUAUAAAUACUUUUACCAAUGGAGUAGAGUUAUGUGUCAGGUGAUAUAUCUUUAAAAAUGGUGUACACAUCUCAAAGCACCCCCAUCUGAUGUUGACCUGCUAAAAAUUACUUUUCCAAAAUCAGUCUAUAUUUUGCAAUUUAUUUUUAUAUACAAAAAGUUGUGAAAUGAGAAGCUUUUGUUUGUAGGAAGCAAGGCAAAUCAAGACAAAGACUUGGAUUUCACUGAACCCCCCCACUUUGGUUACUAAACAGGAAGUUAGUGAGUCAGGGAGCAUAAUCAUUUUGCAGCAAAGCUUCCAAAGAGGACUUGCCAACUGGCAUAAAUCAAUCAUCGAAUUAUCUAGCAAUUCAGCAACCAAGUACAAGCCUUUUCCGAGAGAUGACCAGGGCCCAGUGAUGAAUCCAGAGUCAGAGAAUCAUUUCCAUCAAUCAAUCAAUGGUAUUUAUUGAGUGCUUACUAUGUGCAGAGCACUGUAUUAAGUACUUGGGAGAGUACAGUAAAGCAAAAUUAGCAGACACGUUUCCUGUCCGUAAUGAGUUUACAGUCAUGUAGUGGGUAUCCUGCCCAUCGUGCCCCUAAGACUUCUAUUCUGUGAGCCUAUAUUCUAGACUGUUGGCCCAUUGUUGGGUAGGGACUGUCUCUAUCUGUUGCUGAAUUGUACUUUCCAAGCGCUUAGCACAGUGCUCUGCACACAGUAAGCACUCAGUAAAUACGAUUGAAUGAAUGAAUAGAUCACAUUACUUACUGUUUUGCAAGACUCUCAUCUGGAAGCUGAUUUCUGCUAAAUAAUGAUGGUAUUUGUUAAGCGCUUACUAUGUGCAAAGCACUGUUCUAAGUGCUGGGGAGGAUACA